CACAUCCACUCGUUGCCACACACAUCCAAUAUCGGUCACCUGCUGUCAAUUUCCACUUUUCAAAAUAAAUCGCAGGCGCAUACCCACGAUUCGAGACAGUUCUCUUGUUAUCGAACGUCCCAGGCGAAAAUCUAGUUAUUCAGUUCAUUUAGUCGUGCGAGCGAUCGCUUAUUUUUCCGCAAAUCAGUCGAGUAAAUUGUCAAUUGUUUUACUAAUCAAGAGGGUGAGAAAUAGCAAGCAGAAGUCAUGGACAUUUUGAAAAGGAUGUUUGGAAAAGGCGAGGAUAAGAAGGAGCCCGCACAAGGGUUCAAGGAUGAGUUUCGGAAGCCAACUUGGUUCGAGGAGAGCGAAACUGACGACGAACUUUUCGACAGUAAAAAUAAAGUUCUGUUCCAGAUUUUCACGAAUCCACUUGAGCUGCAGAAACAUUUCGAUCAACAGAUGCAGGAAUUGUUGAAGAACCUCAAGCAGUAUGAAGAAACUGAGGAUUUUGAACGGAACUUCCGUGACGAGUACAUGAAACCUGGAUUUGAAGAAAGCAUUUCCGAGAAAUUCAAGCAACACGCAAAAGCCAUGGAUACGGACCUUGAUGGGGAGAUUUAUGCGGAUCAGCUGCAUUCGCUACUCCAACGUUUCGCACCGGAUAUGCGAUUGAUUCCAGAAAAUGAGAAACGAAAACCUUUGCAACCAAAAGUCAAAUUGUCCGAUGAAGAAACCAUCAUGGGGCGUAUCCACGGCACGAUCAGUGACGGUACGGAGCAACCACCAGCAAGACGUCGUGACAAGUUCCUUCAGAAAAUACCACCACAGUUUGGUGGUGUUUUCGAUGGAACAUACCAGGGCCCGAAGAUGUUUGGUCAGAGUAUCAUGACUCAAACUACUCGCAAACCGGACGGAUCAUAUGAAACAAAACGAGUCAUUCGCGAUACAGAAGGCAACGUCAAGACGACUAUAACGCGUUCAGCUGACGGUAAAACCGAGACCAUUACCACCUACGGUGAUGAGAAGGGGAAGGAGUCAAUUAAAGGCAACGCGCAGAAGAAAUUGCCAGUGGCAGCUAUGGACGCAAAUACGAGUUCGGAAUUGCGCAAUCUGUUCGUUUCGAAAGAAGGCUAUGCAUUGCCAAGGAACCUCUGGUGACCACAGGUCGUAGUAGCUGAGCAACUGAAAUUCAUUACUACACUUAUUAAUAAAUAUACAUGUCUAGCUAUCAUAACACUCAGUGUAAGGUUUUGCCGUUUUAUUAGCUGAAAAUUGGAGUGUACAAUCUAAUCUACCAUGAUUUUAAACCAACGAGUUUUUUGUCCUUCAUAAAAAACUGAAAAAGUUUCAUCUCUUUAUUGACACAAACAAUGUUAAGGGAAAGAACUAAGAACACUAAAGAGUCUUCUAAGCAUUUGGGCGAGAAAGUGCGACAAGUAAAAUAUAUGGAAAUUUAGUGGACCUGAUUCUUUUUCCGAGGAUUGCAGUCCAUCCUCCAGUAGACAUAAACGUAUGUAGUAUUACUUGAAUGUAGUUAACUCAUUGUACUUGAUAAAAAGAAGAUAUUUUUAGUCUGAACUGUAGAAGGGAAGGAACACAAGGAUUUGGACAUUUUUGAUCAUUGUAUCGAUUUUCAUCAGAUUGAAAUUGAAAGAAAAGACUUAUAAUGACUGAAAACCCUUUAGGUAGGGAAGAUGAUGAUAUUUCCGCGAGUUUAUCGAACUUUCAAUAAAAACUUAAAUUUACAGUGAA